CGUUAUUAGUGUUGCCUCUUUGCCCGCCCUGCGAUCAAGGCAAACUUCCUCCCCCAUUCCCGUAACGCAUCGCGCGCUCGACCGCACACUACGCUCAUAAUGUCUGGCGGCAACAGCGGCGGUGGCGGCGAUGCUACCCUUUUUGAAGAGAGCUUCACCGUGACCGACUACGACCAGUCCAAAUACGAUCGCGUCGCGCGCAUCUCGUGUACUUCGACCGACUCGCAGACCGUCAUGGUACUCGACAUCAAUAUCGAGCUGUUCCCCUGCAACGUGUCAGACUCCCUGCAUGUUGUCUUGACCACGACUCUCGCGCCCGAUGGCACCAAGGACGACGACAAAGGCUGGCGCGAUGUAGGCAAGGGCGGCGAUGCGCCCGCCACCAUCGCCGACCUCUACGACUACGUGUGCCAUGGCAAGAUCUAUAAGUUUGAGGAGACGUACGACGGAAACACAAUUAACGCAUACGUCUCGUUUGGCGGUCUCCUCAUGUCGCUUCAGGGUCCCGUAAAAAAGCUCACGCCGCUGCGGGUCGACAACGUCUACCUACUCAUUAAAAAAUAGAUGAUGGCCCCGUUGUCUGUUCAGGCGAAGCUCUCAGCGCUUCUCUCCGCGGUGGCACCCCCGCGCCCCUUCGCCCAGUUGGGUUCUACUACCCCUAAAGAGUCUACACCUGGGACGAGAAGGCCCCCCCCCCCGCGCGCGCGCACUAUCGCGCGUGCCUCCAGCCGCUUUGGUGGGGUCCCGGAAAGGGCAUUCGGCGGUGCAUUCUGUCCUUGAUGGCAGGCAGCUCUGAUUCGUUGUCGUCGGUCAGGAUGCCAUGGCGAAUGAAGAAGUCGAGUACGACAAGAGCACAGUUGUGCUUGAAUUUGUCGUUGGCAAGAUCCCUCUUGACCUGAUUUACGUCGCACAGGUAGAAUUCGUCGACUUCGCCGUCUUUAGGCUGAGGGAUCACAUCGUCAGGUAGCUCGAGAUCAUAGAUCCAUUGACACUCGGGGU